AUGGUACAAAGAGAGUCGUCAAGACUACCAAAUCGAAAGCGGCACAUAAAAUUCGCGAGGCGGGACUCAGUACUCUUGGACCUUGCUUGGUGGCAAGAAAACGCACAUCAGCACUCACCAAUUUACUAUCCUCCGCCGUCAAUAUUCAUAACAACGGAUGCGGCAGACACGGGAUGGGGGGCCGUAGUGAACGGCCGUCGUCUUUGCGGUACGUGGACCCUCAGUCAACAAAACUGGCACAGCAACAAGAAAGAACUUUGGCCUAUUCUCGAAGUUUUGAGACAAAUAGAACUAGAACUAGAGGGGAAAUCAGUCACCGUGCAAACCGACAAUCGCACCAGCGUAGCUGACGUUAUGAAGCAAGGAGUCACAAAAUCUUUGACCUUAUUAGAAACAGCAGCGAGUAUAAUGGAAAUUUGCCAGAAACGACGGUGA